GUGAGCGGCGGGGACCGCAGGACCACCUCGCUGCUUCAGCCUCGCUCGGUUGCCUGUGCAGCUGGAAGCGUUGAGCGGAGAGAAGAGGAGCAUCUGGACCGAUGGAGAAGAAGCGAGGAUCUUCUCAUCUGUAUGGGUCACUGGAGCGGACGGAAUGGAGCAAAGACAGCAGCAAACCAGAGGACGACGUGGUGUCCAUGGCAGACUCCAGCAUCACCGUGGACGACAUCGAGGGGGAGCUCUUCAAGAUCGAGCGGAUCAGAGACGUCCUGGUCCGGAGGGAGUCGGAGCUCAGAUACAUGAUGGAUGACAUCCAGCUGUGUAAAGAGAUCACUCGUCUGAAGAAAGAGCUGCAGAAACUGGUGUCCAUACCAGAUAACGACAAGUCCAACGAGGAUCGACAAAAGGAAGAAGAACUGCUCCAACAAAUCCACAAGCUGGUUGAGACCAGAGAUUUCCUGGUGGACGAUGUGGAGUUUGAACGACUCAGGGAGAAAGAAGAAGAUAAAGAAAUGGCUGAUUUUCUGAAGUCUAAAUUCCCAAGAAAUACAAAGAAGACAGGUGUGCCUACCAGGCGGGUUCCCACCAGGGCUCAGCAGACCUCCUCACCUUUCACCAAAACAGGCCUCACUCUCCUGAAGGAGUGCUGUGGCUUCACGUGCUCCGUCAUGUAGACUGUAGCUUCGGCGUGACGCCCCGGUGAAGGGCGGAUGGAAAGACUAAGGACAGCAAUGGCUACCGCUCGUGAUGUUUCCAGUGUCCAUGACUCAGUCCCAGACAGACUCUGAAUGGAGGACAACUUCACAAUGUCUCAAAACUGACGUGGUGUGUUCUGUACUAUCUGAGACUCAACUUUGUCUUCUGUUGGAUAUUAUGUCAGACCUUCUUUUCUUUCCUCAUCUCAGUGCACAGUAACAGCGUUAAUGUCUCUUUUUUCUGACAGGAUUCAAAGUACAGAUCUAGCAGAACUCAUGUCAUGCAUAUACACUGUGUUCACUAAUUGGCUUCAGCGAGCACGACUCACCCACGAGUUUUAUAUUUAAAAGUCUUCACUGAGCUAUCAGAACUGUCAUUGCCUCAUUAUUAAAGUAGCUGUUUUCACAGGAGUCAGCAGGCCAGUAUGGACCGAACUGAAACUUUAUAAUUAGCAUUAAGAAGACUACACUUAUGGAAGUGACAUUAAUCCGAAUUAAUGCUGGCUCCACCUUCUGUACCAUUUACUGCAGGCUGUUUCUUUAUUUACAGUGGAGCAGCAUUGUCAUUAUGAUAACACAUGGCUAUUUUAGGACUAUCUCCUGAUCUUUGGUUUAUAAUAAUAUGUGUGAUUGAUAAAACUCAUUCGAUAGAGACGUCUACUUUUCUACCUCCCUCCUUUCCACGAUGAUUACAUUUGGUGCCAGCUUUAGGCUCACAGUUCUUACACUGAAAUAUUAUUACAUUAGAUUAACUGCACCGUGAACACAUUAGUGUCAAUGUUAAGUGAUGUUUUUCAAAGUCAGAAACAUGUUUUAAUCUAGAAUAUUGGAACAAAAUGUCAAGAAAAAUCUAAUACUAAAAAGACUGUUGUUACUUUGGUCAUGUCUAAAAUUAGAAUAAUUGCAAAAUUUUACUUGAUCUGAUAUUUAAAGUGAAAAGUUACUUAAAACACAACAAGUCUGCUGACUCUUUGUGGCCGUGGUCUUUUUGUUUCAUUUACAUAUCGAUUCCUCAGCUGAUGUCACUGACCUGACAUGCUUUCUUCCCCAAAAAGGUGACUCGGAAAAAUUGUGUAACAUGUGUGAGGGUCAGGCAUUUGUGGGAUGAGCAUAAACAAACAGCUUCCGUUAGCUGUUGACUGUGUUUUGUGUCGUUUGUUGGAUUGGAUGAUUGAAGAAAUGUAACACAAUUUAAAAGUGAAUAAAUCAGGUACAGGAAGCAC